AUGUGUAGAAGGUUGCUGCAAUACUCUUUUCUUUUUCAAACAACUGCUUGCAGUUGGUUCAACUUAUCCAUUGUAACACUAACCACUUAUUUUCAUUUUGGUUGCAACUAUUUGUUUCCAAGUUUAUUGCGUGGUCCUAGACUUGUUUUGAAAGGUACAUGCUUGUGGUCCCUCGAUAUUGAAUCUGAGGCGUGUGACUUAAUUAAGGGAACUGAUCCUGGGUUUGAAUAUAAUGAUAUUAGAAUUUGGUGGAAAUAUGGUGAUGGUAGUUUAGAAGUCGGUCUAAAAUCAUUUAUGGAUGAUGGUGAUGCAUUUGAAUUAUAUGAUUUUGUUGAAAACUGUAAAUGCAAGGUUGAAAUAUAUACUAAGCCCAAACCAACUACAGGGGAUGCAACAUUUAUGGAGAAUGCAAGAAAGAGGAACAAGGGGAUACAAGGUGAAGAUCAUGUUGUUCCAUGUACUGAUGAGGGUUCUAGUGAUGAGUCUGUCAAGGAUAUCAAAUUUGAAGAUAACGGUGCAGGCUCUAGUGAGGCAGUGAAACAUAGUUUUAUUACACCAGAGAUGGAUGAUAAUGAUGAUGAUGAUAAGCCAAAUGUUGUUAGGUUCAAUGAGGAAGAUGGAAUUACAAAAGAUUUUAAGUUCAAGGCUCUAGUGAGUCAGACUGACAAUGUACAAAAGGGGAGACCUAAGGGGUCACUGAAAAAACAACAUAACAUUGUUAAGAAAAGUAAAGGAGGUCCAAGCCUCAAUGACAUAGAUAUAGAUAUACUAGAAACAAUUCUCAGUGAAAUCAACAAUGAAGAGAAUAUUGUUCUUGACAUCCCACCUCUUAAAGUUGACUUAAGCUCUAUCAAACCAAAGUCUGCUAUAAACCAAAGUCGUUCAAAGACAUGUGGUGCCAGAACCUUCUUUGGGAGUGCACCAAAAGUCAAUCCUUCCAAGGCAUUCAAACCUCCAGGAAAUGUCAAGGAAACUUGCAGUGAUCCUAUAAGUUUGAUUAUACCUGUUAAUAUGAUUUUCUUUUUUUGUCAUGUUGUAAGUUUGAUUAUAGCAGUUAAUUCACAUUUUAGGCAAAAAGUAUGGUUCCAAAGAAGAAAUAAGUUAGAAAUGAUGUGGUUCAUACCAGAAAGAGUGAAAGAAUCAUGA